AUGACCAUCAACGUCAACAUCAAAUCAUCAAGCGACAAGAAGUUUGUCAUUGCUAUCGAUACCGACAAAACUGUACUGGAUCUCAAGAAUGCCAUUGCUGAACAAACCGAGGUUCCUGCAGAAAGACAACGCCUCAUCUAUUCUGGUCGUGUAUUGAAGGACCCUGAUACCUUGGCCGACUGUAAGGUGGCUGAUGGUAAUACAAUUCAUAUGGUCAAGGGUGGAGGACCUAAAGCUGCUGCUCCAGCUGCUUCUGGCAAUGCUGCUGCCUCUGCUACUGCUCCCACUGGUGCUACUUCUGCCACAGCAAAUCCUGCAACACCAACAAAUAACUCACAAACAACACAAGCACCCAACGCUAAUCCAUUUGGCGGAUUUGCCGGUAUGCCAGCCGACUCACAAAGCAACCCUUUCAACAUGUUUGGCUCUGGUUUCGGAGCAGGUGCUAUGGGCAAUAGCUUUGGAGCCAUGGAUCCCAAUAUGACCAACCAAAUGUUACAGAACCCCAUGUUUGCUCAAUACAUGUCCAAUGUUCUUCAAAAUCCUGCUGUUCUCGAUUCCAUCAUUCAGACCAAUCCCCAAUUAUCCGGUAUGGGCCCAGAGAUCCGUAAUAUGAUGCAAUCACCAGAAUUCAGACAAAUGUUAUCCAACCCUGAUAUGAUUCGUCAAAUGGCAACCAUGGCAUCUGCUAUGCAAGGUGUUAAUGGUGGCGCUCCUGGUUUUGGAGCUGGUGCUGCUAAUCCAUUUGCUGCCAUGAUGUCCCCUCCUGCCGCUGGUUCUCCAAAUACAAACGAUCAGCAAUCACAGCAACAACAACAAAACCCUUUUGCUGGAUUUGGCAAUGUGCCUCCUGUGGAUCCUCAGUUACAGCAACGUAUGGCAGCACUUUUCGGAAAUCCUACCUCUCCAUCUCCUGCUGAUACGCGCUCACCCGAAGAAAGAUUUCAAGUUCAAUUACAACAAUUAAAUGAAAUGGGAUUCUGGGAUGCUGCAAAGAAUAUUAGAGCUUUGACAGCAACUGGCGGUAACGUCAAUGCUGCUAUCGAGAUGCUUUUCAGUGGAAACAUCUAA